AUGUAUUUCCUUGGGCUUCUGGUGGCCCUAUCGCAAGUCCUAUGCUGUUGGGCAAUUGACACUCGAAUAUUGGAAGUGGAUUUGAUCCUACCGCGAAAUGACACCUAUCCACCUUCGCCAAUCUUCCCGAUUAUAUUCGCUGUUCAAAACCCGAGUCUCGCGAAAAGCUUCCAACCUAUGAUUACCUUGCAGGUUGAGCAGGUUGACGGAAACUUCAGUACUACCGAUACUUUCAAACUAUGGGAGUCAUCAAAUGAUACUAGCAACACCCGCUUUCUGACUUGGGGUACCUCGAAGUUUGACUUUGAAGGAAAUUUCCGGUUUACCUGGGACCUCAGCAUGGAUCGAUGCUCUCUUGACAAAGAGACAGACGAAGUGAAUUUCGGAAGAUUUAGUGAAUUCCAAUCUCUCUAUUUCACCACCAAGAAUGGCACCUCAUCGGCGGAUUUCGUCGCUGCAACAGACGAUGAUACUUGCGACAAAGCGUUAGCGCAGGCUAUCAAUUACGCGGAUGUUUCUAAGCUCCCAGCAACAGAAAGUACCUACGGACCCUCCUGUCUAGUAGAACCGACUACGCUGCCCAAGACUACCAAUCCCUGCAAUGCCAAGAUUAACUCAUCAGCCGCAGCAAGUAUGUCUGCAGCCAUGACAUCUAUUGCAUGUGCUCGAGAUCGACCUGGGGUAACUUGCCCAACUCCGUCGUCUAGGAAUGCAGCCUCUAAGACGCAUUUGAAGAUGGGUGGCGCAUGGAUUCUGGCGACGGCUUCCCUGCUCACUUACUGUCUCGCAUGA